AUGUUGGCACCGACCAAACCAACCGACUUCAACUACGGUGACUAUGCAACUCGUUUAGUACAUCAUAUGCGACGGUUGCGUAUUCAACCACCCCGCCAGCAAACGCCCCUAGGCUACCUCCCUCCUGGCUUAGCCGGAAGCUCGCAUGUCUUCCUCAGGGCAGAGGUUCGUGCACCACUGCAACCUCAAUACAGCGGCCCACACAAGGUACUGCGACGCUUGGACCGAGUCUACGUAAUAGAACGCUACAGUAAACGUGAGACCGUCACUAUUGACCAGCUCAAAUCUGCGCACCUGGAAGAAAACCGUCCCUUCCACUAA